AUGCACAACGGUCGAGCUUUGCCACCAACUGCAGCAAUGUCUUCGGCCACCCCCCCUCCGCCGGCGUCACCGAACCCGGAGGCGCCUCCGCGCGUCGUCCGCCCGCCGCCUAGGCGGUCACCGAGGUCGCCUGGGCCGCCGCUGUGGGCCAAGCGGCGGCCCUCCGUCUCCGUCGACUACGACCGCGGCCGCCGCACAGUCCGGGUCGAGGUGGACGGCGUAGGUGCCGACGCGCUCCCCGCGCGGCACCGCCUCCGCGUGGAGGGGAGCCGGUGGCAGCGGGACUGCAAGGUGUCCCAGGUCGCCGCGCGCGUGCUCGCGCUCCCGCGGGCCGACACCCAUGCCGUCGACGCCGUGCUCAACUGCUGGGCCGGGCGCUUCGCCUGCCGUAACUUCCCUCUCCUUAUUCGUGAAAUGGCCUUUUCUGGGUCCUUGCAACAUGCUGUAUAUGUGUUCUGCUGGAUGAAAAACCAGGAGAACUACUGUGCCCGUAAUGACAUUUAUGGUAUGAUGAUACGAUUACAUGCCAGACACAACCAGGUUGAUCAAGCACGUGGCCUGUUCUUUGAGAUGCAAGAAUGGCGGUGCAAGCCAGAUGCUGAUAUAUACAACUCUUUGAUCAAUGCUCAUGCUCGGGCUGGUCUAUGGCGCUGGGCCAUCAACAUUAUGGAUGAUAUGCUUCGUGCAGCUAUACCUCCUAGCCGAGCUACAUAUAAUAAUGUCAUAAAUGCAUGUGGUGCUGCUGGUAACUGGAAAAAGGCUUUAGAGCUUUGUAAGAAGAUGAUAAGAAAUGGUGUAGGGCCAGACUUGGUUACACACAACAUUGUAUUAUCUGCUUUCAAGAAUGGCUCUCAGUAUUCGGAAGCCAUAGGUUACUUUGAUAUGAUGAAAGGAGCAAAUAUUGCCCCUGAUACUUUCACUUUGAAUAUUGUCAUCCAUUGCCUUGUAAAAGCCGGACAGCACGGAGAUGCUGUCGAUUUGUUAAACUCGAUGAGGGAGAAAAGAGCACAGUGUCCUCCAGAUGUUGUUACGUACACUAGCAUAAUGCAUUCUUAUUAUGUUUGUGGGCAAGUGAAAAAUUGCAAGGCAGUCUUUGAUAUGAUGGUUGCUGAAGGAGUUAAACCUAAUAUUGUAUCAUAUAAUGCACUUUUGGGUGCUUAUGCCUCACAUGGGAUGCACACUGAGGCCUUGGGAUUUUUCAAGUUACUGAAACAAAAUGGUCUGCGACCUGAUGUAGUUUCCUAUACCACUUUACUGAAUGCCUAUGGUAGGUCAGCACAGCCUGAAAAAGCUAGGGAGGUUUUUAACGAGAUGAGAAAGAACUCAUGCAAGCCAAACAAAGUCAGUUAUAAUGCACUAAUUGAUGCUUAUGGAUCUGCUGGAAUGUUCAAGGAGGCCAUUAGCUUACUGCAUGAAAUGGAGAAGGAUGGCAUUCCACCAGACGUUGUUUCAAUAAGUACUCUGUUGACUGCCUGUGGCUGCUGCAGGCAGACAACAAAAAUUGACACAGUUCUUGAAGAAGCAAAAUUUCGAGGGAUUGAACUUAAUAUUGUUGCGUACAACUCGGGCAUUGGAACCUAUUUAAGUUUUGGAGAUUAUGAGAAAGCUUUGGAGUUCUAUGCCACAAUGAUGGCGAGCAAUGUGAAUCCAAAUGCUGUAACUUAUAAUAUACUCAUCAGUGGAUUGUGUAAAUUGGGAAAAUAUGCAGAAUCUCUGAAAUUUUUUGAAGACAUGGUGGACUUGCGAAUUCCUUUAACCAAGGAGGUUUACUCAUCCUUGAUUUGUUCAUAUGUCAAACAGGACAAACUAGCUGAAGCGGAAUCUACUUUUAGUUAUAUGAAAACAUCUGGCUGCUUCCCUGAUGUUCUAACAUAUACUGCUAUGAUUCAAGCCUAUAUUGAUCAUGGGAGUUGGACGAGUGUGUGGGACCUAUUCAAAGAGAUGGAAGGAAAUGCCAUACUGCCAGAUGCCAUUAUAUGCUCAUCCCUCAUGGAAGCAUUGAAUAAAGGAAAUCAACAUGAAAGGGUCCUUCAGUUGAUGAAAUUCAUGCACGAUCAAUCCAUCGAAUUGAACCAAAAAGCUUAUUUUGAAAUAAUAGCUUCAUGCAGCAUGCUACGGGACUGGAGAACUGCAAGUGAAAUAAUUGAACAUUUGGAUUCCUCUCUCCCAUCCAUUUCUGUUGGGAAGCUAAACCAUCUUCUGAAUUUUCUUGGAAAAUGUGGGAAGACAGAGAGUAUGAUGAAGCUGUUUUACAAGAUGGUGAGUGCAUGCUCUACUGUAGGCCUUUCUACUUAUAAGGUUCUGCUGAGAAAUCUCUUAGCAGUUGGAAAAUGGAGAAAGUAUGUCGAGGUUUUGCAGUGGAUGGAGGAUGCUGGAGUCCGUCCAACACUAUAUAUGUAUCAAAAUGUUCUUCCAUAUAUUUGGAGGGACAAUAGCAUGGAUUAUGUCACUCUUAUGCAGGAAAAAAUAAUUGCAGGUGUUGAGGAUACCAGUGCAAGUGAUGCUACCAAACUCAAGUGGGAGUUCGACGAGGAUUCGGGCCGUUACUAUGUUUCUUUUUCGAAUGAUCAGUAG